AUGGAGGGCAGUCGAUCAUUUCCUUUGUCGUGGUGGAAGGAUCAUAUUGAUGAUAUCACGAUCCAAACUUUUGCGGCGGGGGUUGGAGCGGUUGUAGAGCAUAAGAUCUUGGCACGUGAUAACGGGACAAAGCUACAGAUUGAUGCAGCAAUCAGGGCACUCAAAGAGGCAGAAAAGAAGGUCGAUAAGGCCUGGCUCAAGAAUUUGCCCAAGUCAAAGGCAGUAGAGAAAAUUUUGUCCGUAGCGGCAAGGUUUCCCAAGAUCUCAGCCUUCUUAGGAGGCACCAUCGUCUCAGUCCUAGUCUCGCCGGGACUUGAGGUGGCCAAUUACUUAGUUAAAAAAGACGACUGGAUCCGAGUGCAAGUGUACAACUUCGACAAGAGAGACUGGACGAUCGAUGAUUGGUAUCACGACAAUGGAAUCAUCGCCGGUGGCUCAGCAUGGGAGGUUAAAACCAUCCCAGCGGGAAAGCUGAGCACACCUAAACAUGCGUUGACGUCCAAUCGUCUAACUAUCCGGUCCGAGUAUCCAACCUCCAUCAAGGAUUUUUACGACGAUGAGAAAAAUUGGCCGCAUGGCCGCCCACAGACUGUUAAGUGUGAGGUUACGACACUAGAUGGGUCCAAAGUAAAUGUGACUAGGAGCACCAAGGAAUUAGCCGGAGUUUCGGGUCAUAUCUAGAAGUUCUACGUAUUGAUUGGGGUCUGAUCUGCAUGCAGAAUUCGAAUGAGUUUGUAGAGCUAGGGCUUCAGCGAAUAGGCGAAUGCUAGGGCUCUCAAGAAAUAUUCCUAGAGUAGCAGCAAUGUAUAGAACAGGCACCUAUUAUUCGAUGGAUUCUAGCCUUGUCAUGCAGAAGUCCUUCGUUCUGUUAUGUAGCGGUUUCAAGCCAUUGAACAGUUACCCCCUAGUUUCAUCAUACGUAAAUCAAAUCCACAAGCCUUAACGAGGGCAGCAGGCUCCAAACACGCUUUUGCGCGUCACUCAACCUCUAGUACCACUUUCUAAUAUGCCAACAAUGAGAUGCCCUUUCCCCCACAGUGAUUGAGGCGAU